AGAAAAAAAGAGUGCAAGUAAAAAGUCCAUCCCACCUCCAUUAGUGUUUUGACUGAUACCAUUCACUCAACUAUGUCUUGCAUGCAUGGGUCAAUCCAAUGGUCACUUCCAAAAAUGGGAGCGUCUGUCUUUCCCACUGCUGUACUAAAUUAAUUUAAUUUCCGCACUUUAUUUUGGGGAGCAAAUUUGGUAUGAGCGACGUGUUACACCAGAGGUUAAUUCGGAAAUUAAUAAUGGAGGUAUUGAGGAACUGUAAGGAGAAAGAAGAAGAAGAAGAAGAAGAAGAAGAGAAGGAAGCAGAAGAAGAAGAAGAAGAAGAAGAAGUAGGCGAGGAUGAGAUCCUCAAGAGAAGAAUCUCCACCCAUCCUUCCUACGGCUUGUUGGUUGAGGCUCACUUGGGCUGUUUGAAGGUUGGUGAGAAUGGGGAAAUAUUGGAGAGUUAUCACACUAGAGAUCAGAAGCAACAAGAAAACAGUCCCAGCGUAGGCAUGGCUAGUCGAUCUGAGCUAGAUCAGUUCAUGGAAGCAUAUUGCUUAGCAUUACGCAAGCUGAAAGAAGCAAUGGAGGAACCUCAACAAAAAUCCAUGGCGUUCAUCAAUAACAUGCAUUCACAACUUAAGGAGCUCACAAGCACUCAUCCGGUACCUGCUGAUCACCACCCUGCCACCACUUCUGCUGAAUAAAUUAAUGCCCACUAGCUUCUUUGGCAUGAUUUAGUACUAAGACAAGAAUUAGCAUCGAUCAAGACUAGAUGAUCAUAUAUCAUUAGAAUUAAUCUAUACCAUUUUCCUCAACAUGUUUUUAUUUUCAUGACUCUAGCUA